UCUACGGCCGACGUCUAAGUCUAACGGUCUCGAAAUCGAAGUCAAUCAAACGAACCAGAAAUCGAAUAUCGAAAAUCAAAAACCAAUUGUAAUCGAACCAAUUCGAUACAACCCAAUCAUUUCCGGUGUGUGUGCGUGCAUGUUUGCUGCAAAAGUAAAAGAAUAAAACCAGUAAAAAGCUCUCAACUCACGCACCCAGAGGCAGCAACAAAAAACAAAAAACAUAAAUAAUAAUAAUAAAUAAAAUACAACAACGUCGGCAGUAAGCUCUGCUAAUUUUAAACGACGGCAAAUGGCGUGGACGCGGACUUGGAUGUGGAUGUACAUGUGACAGUGGAUGCGGAUUAUGCAACUGAGGCCAGGCGGAGGAGAGGAGCAGACCCCAGAUAGACGGUUUAAUUAUCAGCGCCCGAUUAUUAUCACCGCAACGGCGAUGCAGCGACGGUGACGGUUCCGGAGAGGACCCGUAUAUGUGCUCUCUCUCCGGUUAUGGAAUGCACCCAUGCUACCUGACCACAGUCGCCGUCAGUUUUAAAGCCGCCACCGACCGAGCAGUGAGCAGGAGGGCCCAGGUAGUCCCAGCCUAAAAAUAUCCGGAGUGCCAAUUGCCAGUAAUUAGGCGAAAUUAAGAGGGAACCCAUUGGACGGAUCCCGACCCUAGAUCAAACCUAAAACCAGACAGACCGAAAGACAGAGAGACAGGCAGAUAGACAUGUUGGCCACGGACAAGGGCACGCCGGUGGGGCCCACGCCAAUCAUAGUGAGCGGGAGCCGGCAGGGACAGAAAUCUCUUUGCCAUGGCCAGGCCGCGGAUCAGCAGCUCCUGCAGCAGCAUCACCAUCUGCAUCUUGCCGGACAUCCAGCACAUCCUGGAACGCAUCCCACCAGUGCACACCUUUCCCAGCACAUACACUCACCUGCCUGCAAUAAGCGCCUGGAGGCGGAGACACCGCGAAGGGAUCUGCAUGAACUCCUGCUCGAGAUCCUGGACGUGAUGAUCUCCUGUCUGGUGGUGGCACCCUGCGUUAUUGCCUACUGGCGUGGCACCUGGGAGCUGAUGGGCGUGUAUCUCUUUCCCAAAAGUCUGCCUUUGUCCGCAAUGGCCAGCUUCCUUAUUGGUGGCGUGGGUCACUUUGUGUUCACCAUUACGCAGAACUUUUUCAAGGAGCACAUACAUCCGGAUAGGCGGCGUCUCACAUACUACACGGUUUCGCGGAUAUAUACGGCCAUCUUUGGCAUCGUCUGUGUGAAUAUGUGGCGAGGUGCAUGGCUGCUCUGUGACUGGCUGACCAGCGUGGAUUCCCUCAUCAUAGUCUGUGUGGUCACAGCGAUUGCCUUGAUCUUUCUGGUGGCCACGCGGACGUUGAGGAACCUGGGUGCUGCCCCUUAUACAGUGACCAUGGACCACAAAACCGAUUACUUCGAGGUAGACACUAUGUUCAAAAUACCUGGUUUUCAUCAACCUGGCCUGUAUGUGUUGGACACACUCUUCUCGGUCUUUGUCAUUGGCAGUCUGGUGGUCAUUGCCUGGCGCGGUGUCUGGGGCAUCUUUGAUCUUCUUCUGUUCCCCCGGGACAAGGCCAAGUCCGCUUGGGGUUCGCUGUUGAUUGGUUAUCUGACGGUGGCUGUCACCUUCCUGAUUCAUCCCUUGAUGCGGUACGUGUGCCGUCGGAUAAGCGGUAUCUUCAAGCUGAUAAUUUGCGACAUUUACUAUCUGAUGACAUUCUUUGGGGCGGUGAAUGCCUGGCGCGGCAUUUGGAAUCUGCUCGAUGUUUAUCUAUAUCCAGAAAACAUGCUCAUAAGCUACUGGCUGACACACCUUAUUCCUUUCCUGCUCCUGGCCGCCAUCAAGUGCUCCAACUCGAUCCUAGUGCGUGGUGUAUUCAUCGAUGGAGAGGGCGUGGGAGCCGAAAGCGUCGAUAUACCCAUCAACUAUGUGCGGCUGCACUUCCUCCGCGAACGUCGGAAGAAGAGUGCCCAUUUUGCGGAGUCCUCGAAGGUUCCACCUUUGUCGCCACCGCCACCCCAUUACUAUCUGAAGCCGGAGCACGCCUCGCUGGGACGGCAUGCGGAGAAGGACAAGGAGGCACAGAGCAGCCUCAUCGAGAGGCCACAUUCCGCGGUGCAGAUCGUAUAGGGAUCCUGGAUCAUUGGUGCCCGUUAAAUCGUUUCUAUGUCUAGAUGUUAACCUAGUUCUAAUCGCCUAAGCCUAAUCUUACUUAAGAGUCCGAUGUUUAGCCAUUACCCCUGAAGUCUCCCGGUGUAGUAGUUCCAUAAUACCUAGACCUGUACAGAACGAUCUUAGGCCGUAAGAAUUAUAUUUGCAUUUUCCGCAACAGGUUUACGUAUCAACUUUUUUAACCUGGUGGCGAAGGCACACUCACCCCCCUCACACUCACACAGUUAGUUAAGUUAAUAAACAAUACGAGUAUAAACAUUGUACAUUGAUAUUUUCAUAUAUCGCAAGAAUAUAAAUUAAUAAAAGU